UCAUCUCGACUCUCAAAUAUCUCAUCGGGCGUGAAUCAAAACUAUCGUUGAGCGAAACCCAAUUAUUUACAUUUUUGUCCUCGGAUCAGAUCUAGGUUUCGUCUCCUUCGAUCGAUCCAUCGCUUUGAUCGGUCUCUGUUGCUGAAUCAAGAUGGCGUACGGAGAGCAAAUGACGACGUUCGAGGAUUCUGAGAAGGAGAGCGAGUUUGGAUACGUUCGAAAGGUUUCUGGGCCAGUUGUUGUGGCAGAUGGAAUGGGGGGUGCUGCUAUGUAUGAACUGGUUCGUGUGGGUCACGACAAUCUCAUAGGGGAGAUCAUUAGGUUGGAGGGAGAUUCAGCCACCAUUCAAGUCUAUGAAGAAACAGCUGGGUUGAUGGUGAAUGACCCAGUCUUGAGAACUCAUAAGCCUCUCUCAGUUGAAUUAGGACCUGGGAUUUUAGGCAAUAUCUUCGACGGGAUUCAGAGACCUCUGAAAACUAUUGCCAUAAGGUCUGGUGAUGUCUAUAUCCCUCGUGGUGUUUCUGUUCCUGCACUUGAUAAGGAUGCACUGUGGGAGUUUGAGCCCAAAAAAUUAGCUGUUGGGGAUCUUGUUACUGGUGGAGAUUUAUAUGCUACUGUUUUUGAGAACACUUUGAUGCAACACCAUGUUGCUCUUCCUCCUGGUUCUAUGGGGAAAAUUAGUUACAUUGCCCCAGCUGGUCAAUAUAGCAUUCAGGAUACAGUACUUGAGCUGGAAUUUCAAGGUAUCAAGAAGAACUUUGCUAUGCUUCAGAGUUGGCCUGUGCGUACACCUAGGCCUGUGGCAUCAAAACUUGCUGCGGAUACACCUCUUCUGACUGGACAGCGUGUUCUUGAUGCCCUUUUCCCUUCUGUACUUGGAGGCACUUGUGCUAUACCUGGAGCCUUUGGUUGUGGUAAAACAGUUAUUAGUCAAGCACUUUCAAAGUAUUCUAAUUCGGAUACGGUGGUUUAUGUUGGGUGUGGAGAAAGAGGGAACGAAAUGGCAGAGGUGCUUAUGGAUUUUCCUCAAUUAACAAUGACAUUGCCUGAUGGUCGUGAAGAAUCUGUCAUGAAGCGAACUACUCUAGUGGCAAAUACUUCUAAUAUGCCUGUGGCUGCUCGUGAAGCCUCCAUCUAUACAGGUAUCACAAUAGCUGAGUACUUCAGGGAUAUGGGGUACAACGUGAGCAUGAUGGCUGAUUCUACCUCCCGUUGGGCCGAGGCUCUGCGUGAAAUAUCUGGCCGAUUGGCGGAAAUGCCUGCAGACAGUGGUUAUCCUGCAUAUCUGGCAUCACGUUUAGCCUCCUUCUAUGAGCGUGCUGGUAAAGUGAAAUGUCUUGGUGGUCCAGACCGGACUGGUAGUGUCACAAUUGUUGGUGCUGUUUCUCCUCCAGGAGGUGAUUUUUCAGACCCAGUAACUUCUGCAACCCUUAGUAUUGUUCAGGUGUUUUGGGGACUGGAUAAGAAGCUAGCUCAGAGGAAGCAUUUCCCAUCAGUGAAUUGGCUUAUAUCUUAUUCAAAGUACUCUAAGGCGCUGGAAUCUUUCUAUGAGAAAUUUGAUCCGGAUUUUAUUGACAUCAGAACGAAGGCUCGUGAGGUCCUUCAGAGAGAAGAUGACUUGAAUGAAAUCGUGCAGCUUGUCGGUAAAGAUGCUUUAGCCGAAACUGACAAAAUUAUUUUAGAAACUGCAAAGCUCCUGAGGGAGGAUUAUCUUGCCCAGAAUGCCUUCACUCCUUAUGACAAAUUCUGCCCAUUCUACAAGUCAGUCUGGAUGAUGCGCAAUAUUAUCCAUUUCAGUGCUUUGGCAAACCAGGCUGUUGAGCGAGGAGCCGGUUCUGAUGGCCAGAAGAUAACAUACAGUGUCAUCAAGCAUCGAUUGGGCGAUCUUUUUUACCGCCUUGUGUAAGUUAACGAAUUCUUCUA